UGGAGCCCGUGCCCCGUGGAGUCCGUAAAAUUUUCUUUUCGUUCUUAGUCGUGGAAAGAAUGCUUCUUUUCGGUUAAUUGGAAUUUUUCACUGCACUAGUUACAAGAAACUACUGUUUUCUUGUGAUUUAGUUGACACAUGUAGUCAGAAUUUAAAUCAGCUUUGAACUAAAAAAAAAAAAUCGCCCGUGAAAAGCCAUCAGUGAGAGCAUAUUCUGCAUGAUUUUGAAAUCAUCUACAGAGCCAGGUUUCCCAGACAGAUUUUCAACCACAAUCCAUCUAGUUAAGGAAAGGAAGAAGGUCACACAAAACACCCAGAAAGGUAGGAAACCACAUCCAGCGAUAGCCCCGAUGACCUGGGAACAUUUGGAGCGUGGCAGUUCGCCUGUAGAUUGGUGCGAAGGCAAUUACCUCAUAUCACCGGAUAUUGCCGAAUUCGUUAACACGAUAAGCAACAUCCUUUUCCUCGUCGGUCCUCCGUUCCUGAUCUACCUGUUCAAAGACUAUGGGAAGUUUAUCCAACCGGCCAUCCAUAUGAUAUGGGUCCUGUUGAUUAUUGUUGGCUUGAGCUCCGCCUACUUCCAUGCCACCCUUAGCUUACUGGGUCAGCUGCUGGACGAGCUGACUAUCCUGUGGGUUUUUAUGGCAACGUUGAGCCUGUUCUGUCCUCGGCGGCACUUUCCACGUAUAUUCAAACAGUCCAGGAAACGCUUCUGCAUCUCGAUGUCGGUAUUCUCCCUCUCGGCAACGGCCUUGUCCGUGUGCUAUCCAGCCGUUAAUGCGUUCGCUCUGAUGCUAUUGGCUAUACCGGCUACCUAUCUUAUGUACAAGGAACUACAAAUCGUUCAUGACAAACGGGUCUACCGAUUGGGUGUCCGCAAUACCACCAUUCUGAUGAUGGCCAUCGUGUGCUGGAUCAACGAUCGAAUGUUCUGCGACGCGUGGUCGCGGUUGAGCUUCCCCUAUCUGCACGGUUUCUGGCACAUUCUGAUCUUCAUUUCGGCGUACACGGCGUGUGUACUGUUUGCGUACUUUUUCGUCAGCGACGAAAGACCGGAAAGUCGACCGCAGCUCAAGUAUUGGCCUUCCAAUAAUUUCGAGCUGGGUGUACCAUACGUUUCGGUUAGUUGCUACAAGAAAUUGAACGAUCACAUUUAGACUAAGGACUAAGUUGAACGGUGUAUGGUUUAACUGAAUGAUCUGUGUUAAUAGCAGCAAGCAAGAUAAGGCAAGAUAGUACAUAUUUGAAAGAGAGUAACCAUCAUAGGUAAGAAGAAAGUACAAAGCAGCAAUGAGAAUUGAAAUGGAAAUGGAAAUUCUCAUUACCCACUAGAACAUUGUGUCAUAACGCCAAAAAUAUAGUCUUUAAAUGUGUAGAUAGCCGGGUACAGUAAAUGCGGUUCUACAUUUGUUUAUGAAAUCGCGUUUACAAUUAUUAUUUGAGUAGCAGUAGCAGGUUAGUUUACUAGAAAAUUUUUGUUGUUGUUGAAGCUGCAACAAAGUUUUCGUACUUGUUCCAAACAGUUUGUCUCAUUAACUUAAAAGGUGAUCGAAAUUUUGAAUCUGCUAGUUUUGUUUGCUAUAAGCUUUAAGUAUUGGUUGAUCGUCAAUUUAUAUUAUUUGUUAUUACUAGUGUUAGAAAGAGAUUUUAAUAAAAUAUUGCGUUUAUGAUUAGAUAAAUUAAAUUAAUUGAGUAACUU